AUGAGUGGAUCGCGCAUUGAGCGAAAACGAGCUAUUGACCGCAAAGCGCAACAAGCCGUCCGGGAAAGGACCAAGAGCCGAUUCGCGCAGCUAGAACAGGAGCUAGAAUACUACAAACAGUUAAACCAAAAAGAUAACGCGGGCGUUUAUGAGGAACUCUGUCAGUUGCGCGAAGAGAACAAAUUACUGCGACAAAAGUUGGAGGCUGUUAAGUCUAUUGUGUCUACUGAUGAAGCACCAUCGGGUGCUUCAACUAUAUCUAGCUGUCAAAGGCUUUCAACCAGUCGAAAUGAUCCAGGAUCUCUCACACGCAAUGCCUCGCUUACUCGCGAAAGGGGCCGGGAUCAACCCAUGUUAGCAGACACCCUAAAGUCAUCUCAGUUUGGAUUUAGCCUUCAGGACCAGCCAACCCUUCGAGAGACGGCUGACAUCUACGGCCAGAUACACGGGAUCAGUCCCAUCCGUGCUGCAGAAGUGGGAAACGCCGAUAUAUCACUAAUAGUAAAAGCUAUUAACGAGGGCUGGCAUGCUCUGGGUCACUCUGCAUACGAGAAUCCCCUGGUCCGGAUUCUCCAUGACAUUGAUCAAUCUUUCUUUCCCCACUCCAGUCAGGUACUCCGACUGGCAAUCAUGUACAAGAACUUCCAUCUUUUAAAAUACUUUAUAUCCCCCAAAGCCGAGAAUAGGAGACGACUUCCGCACUGGAUUCAGCCACGGACUCCUCACCCUACGACUGAAGAUGCGGUUAUCGAAUUCUUUCCAUGGCCAUUCGUACGCGAGACACUGACGCAAAACUUCUCGCGCUAUGGGGUGGACAUAGGAUUUGCGAAGGACUUCCAACGCUGUUAUCGGUUCUAUUGGCCCUUCCCAUUCCAAAAUGCAUUCACAUUCGACGCAGAAUCUCAGACUUAUCGGUUCAAUUCUUUGUUUGAGAAUUUCUGUCGGGACCUACGGUCGUGGGGGAUUGAUAGCAACUUUCUUGAGCUCUAUCCUGAGUUUGCAGGCGGUUUUCAUUCCCUUGCCUCCCAAGAGUUGCUCUGA